AUGCUGUAUCGGUCCACCGCAACGCUCAAAAAUCACAGCAAGUCCACGUCCUCAAUUCCCCAGCUAGGGACGAGUCUCUUAUUGAGUCGGGUUCUGCGAUCGAAAUCGAUGACGUCGGCAGAUAGCCAAGCACACAAUUGGGACUCAUCCGGCAAUACCGCGAGGAUGGAAGCUGUGGACCACCAGGAUGUCAGCAGGCGGCACGUUUGUUCUUUCUGCGGCCGCAGAUUUCGUAAACCCGAACACGUGCGGCGCCAUACACGAAUCCAUACUUUAGAAAAGCCGUAUCCGUGUCCCUGUGGAACAUCGUUCAGUAGACGAGAUCUACUGCGACGCCACGAGAGGCUGGCUCAUAAUGGUAACCAGCUUGAACCGGGUUCAUCCAUCACGACGACGGACUCGAUAUCGUUCGCAGAUAAUAUCACAGCCACGCGUCCGCGUAAAGACCGGACAGGACAGCUGGAGCAAACAAAAGAGCCGCAAUCAGUUUCCCUUCGCGCAAAUUCCGCAACAAGAACUGCGAAUGAUAGUAUCCGAUCGCUUCCGGCUUUGAGCUCGAACGAUGACCAAAGUCCCUUGAAUGACUUUCAGAACUUUCUUGCGAAUAGUACCCUGUGGACUCUUGUCGACGACCAGGAUAUAACAGGGUCACGACCACCUCUUGCAGCCGGUCUCCUUGAGAGAGGUACUAAUGUUCUAGAUCCUGAUUUUGAAAUUCGCGUAAUAGAACAGAGCAACAGAAAUACACUUAUGUCCGACUCAGCCGUUCAAGAGUACAUGACCCGGUGCCCUACAUUCAUCGUUCCGUCAUUCCGAACAAUUGGAAGAUAUCUGCGAUCCUUUUACCGAAACUUCAGUGUUCCUGUGAUGCAUGAACACUACGAACGAACAGGUCGCGUCAUCGCUGCAUUACGCCUAGCAAUACUUGCUCUGGGUGCCCGUUUUUUGUUAGAGCUUCGAUCCUCUGUGGCUUUGUUCAAUGCUUCCAGAGACAUUGUGCUCAAUCACUGGACAUGGUCCACACAGAAUGCGUCGUUGGAAGACGACAAUUCAGCCCAUCAGCUUGCAGCUACAUUUAUGCUACUUCUAGAAUGCAUCAAAAUGGAACAGAGUGAAACACUGGUAUACCAGAUGGGGAUAUUACAGAGUGGACUGGUCCACUAUGUGGCCUUAUCCCACAAUUCUGCACCCGACUCGGCUGACCUCGAAGGGCAAUUUGCCUCGUGGGUUCGGUCUGAGACAAGUCGACGCAUUGAAGUAUUUGGAGUGUGUGCCGCUGCUUCCCAUGCUUUUCUCUUCGACGAUCUCUGUGCACAGGUAAAGACCAACUCUAGCCUUCGACUCCCUUGUUCUUCGAGGGUCUGGGCCACGGCGACUGCUCGGGAGUUUGAACAACGGCUGGAGAGCCAGGAGCACCGGGGCCCCUUCGCUGUUGAAUGGUUUCAAAAUGUCAGCGAUCAAGCAGAUGUGAUCAGCGACCCAGAGGUUGAGGAAGAUAUCUCAGUACCACGGCACUGCUACAUUGCUGCAGCUUUUUUGGGCCAUCGGGUAGCAUUUUUGUCAAAUGGCCAUUUUGCUGGAUCGGCUACUCGAAUGCAGCGAAUGGAGUUUGAACGCAUCGGAAAAACUGCAAUUCGCUUUUUGGUGGCAUUGGAGGCUGAAAGACCCUCUCCUGAUGCAUUGACGCCCCUUGAAAGUAAGGCAAAGGCAAUCAUGCAGUUGAUUCUCGUGCGCCUGGCUCUCAGCCUACCCGCGAAAAUAAGGAUGAUUCCAUCUUCGUACGCCCAUCGUCCCUUGCAGCUUGCAACCGCAUAUUAUGAAUGGUCUUGGGAGACUCCCACUUCGCCAGAUAUUUUGCUUUAUGCGAUUAGACAUAGUAUCGACCUGUUGAAAUAUCCCGCCUCUACUGGGGUCGUUUUCUUUGUUCGGUCUGGCAUGAGCAGCUGGAGUGUCGAAUUGCUAGUACUUGUUUUUGAAUCUGCUCUUCUCCUCAGCCGAUGGGUUCAAAAGUCUGACGAUUUGAGAACUAGCCACCAAGGCACGUCAAGCAACGAAGAUGCGUUUCGAGGAGAAAUGGGGCUCAUCUCCGGUUUAGAGGAAAUUCGGCUUCUCAGGCGCCUUCUGACACUUCUCCAAUCAGCUUGGUCAUCUUUCACCGAUACAGAUGAGAUUUCGGAUGAUAUCAGUGCCAGUCAACUCUCUCUAUUUGUUUUAAGAUUCUGGGCAAAUGUACUGGAGACCCCUGAGAACACGGAAUUUGCACGCUUGCUUGGGAGGACUCUUGCCGAAUAUGCCAAGUUGCUUGAAAGCACCCCUCAGUGA